UUCGACUAAUUAGGCAAUUGGUGUUGAUAGCUGAUCAAUUUUGAUUGCCUUUAAUCAGCUGGUCUGCCAAAACCCGAAGCACAAUGCCUUGAUGAUACUUCACCUAUACUUCAUGAUGCUGUGUGAAAGGCGACAAUAAUCGGCGACCUCAGUCCCCCAAGCCAGUAAAUGCCUUCCGUUGACUUCGGUGUUUGAAAAGAUGGUCAUUCACUACCCGCUGAAGGCUCUAUCGCAGACAGGAGAGCGCCGUGUUGAGGCGGGAACUCAAUACUCUAGCGUUGAAGGGGAGGAAAGAGAAGCCGAAUAUGAACGUGAAGGUGAUGAAACAGAACAAAAUGAAUUGCUUGCAUCUGGGCGUAACGGCGUGGGGGAGGUAACAACAAAACCACUAAUAACUCGGCCUCGUCCCACAACCCCGGCCUUUAUAUUCGCCUGUGCCGUGACAAUUAUCGGCUUGGCAUAUCUAGCAUUCUCAUUAGACACUCUUGGACGGCCAACCCGAUCUCCACUAGACGAGGCGUUGCAUGCUCCCCUCCAGCGACCAGAUGAAGACUACGUACUAGAUCCCAAUUGGGAUUAUAGUAUCCCUAGCCAAGUACGAAAGUACGAUUGGAUGAUCGUCGAUAAAGAAGGCAAUCCGGAUGGUAUCGUUAAACCAAUGAUAACAAUUAAUGGUCAAUUUCCUGGGCCAUUAAUAGAGGUCAACGAACAUGACAUAAUCGAAGUCAACGUACACAAUUUAGCUUCCAACGCCACCGCCAUUCAUUGGCAUGGGAUCUUUCAGAAUGGUACAAACUGGAUGGACGGAGCUGCGGGCGUAACUCAAUGCCCAAUUGCCCCAGGGUCUUCGUACCAGUACAAGUUUAAUGUCACCGGGCAAGCCGGUACCUAUUUCUACCACGGCCAUCAGGGAGUCCAGACCCUUAGCGGACUUGUAGGUCCGCUUGUGGUCCACAGUCAAGACGAAGAAGUAAAUCAACGCAUUCUCUAUUCGUCAGACCGAGUAAUCUUGCUCCAAGACUGGUACUACGACUCUGAUAGUGGGCUAAUGCGAGAUGUUUUAUCUCCGGGCGUCGAGGAUGCACCCAUACCCAAUACAGCUUUGAUUAACGGGGUGAAUCAGGCUGACUGUUCGAACCAUCCCGGUCGAUCGUGUUCAGACGAGAAAAAAUUCUUCCCGACCCUGAAUUUAGCCCCUGAAGAGAACCACAGGUUACGGUUCCUUAAUGUAGGGGGAUUCGCCUGGUUCCAGGUAGCGGUAGAUGAAUACGACUCUUUAACAAUUCUCGAAGUUGAUGGAACCUCUAUAGAGCCUACCCCUGAAUCUUCAUUAGUAAUCGCUCCAGGACAAAGAUAUAGCGCAAUAUUGACAACAGACCAACCCAAUGGGGAUUCAUUCUGGCUCCGAGCUAGAAUGAUAAAAUCUUGCUUUGCUAGCCAAGACCUCCCAGAAAACGGGAUUGACGAGGCAAAAGCCAUCGUACGUUACUAUACUGAAGUAGAGGAAGAUGAUGAUGACGACGACGACGAUGAGCCCCUUCCUUUACCUUCAACUACUUCCAACCUCCAAUAUCUUUCAACAUGUAAAGAUCUAAACACAGCAACUUCAUUACACCCUUCCCCGCCGCAACCAGCCCCUGAGUAUGCCGACCACUCAUGGUAUCUCCGCGUAAACCUCGCGAUCGGUGACUGGCGCCUACAACGCGGCGUCAUGAACGCAUCCUCAUUCAGACCAAACCUCAAAUCUCCAACACUACACCGCGUCCUCGACGGUCUCACCUCAAACAACGAGUCCUUCACCAAAGACGGCAUUAUGGACACCGCCUUCGACCCUACCUCCGAGCUAGUUAUCUCCCACAACGGCAUCGCAGACACAGUUGACAUAAUCCUCCAAAACAUGGACGAAAACAGCCACCCCUUCCACCUCCACGGCACGCAAAUGUGGGUUCUAGGUGCCGGACACGGGUAUUUCCCAGGUUACGACGCUCUUGGGCUAAAGCCCGACGGCAAGGGCCUCCUCGAUCCCACGAAUUCGAGUGUUACCCACAAUCCCCUAAAACGAGACACGGUGACAGCUGAAGGCUUUGGAUGGGUAUUGCUGCGGUUUGUCGCUGAUAACCCGGGUGUGUGGCUCUUCCAUUGCCAUGUGAUAUGGCACUCGGAAGCUGGUAUGGGGAUGCAAUUCAUCUCCCGCGCGGAUGUGAUGAAAGAAUGGGAGUUGCCGGAGGAUGCGAAGAAGUUGUGUGAUGCGCCCGAAGAGGAAUUGAGGAAGGGGGCUCCGCCUAAGGAUGAGGUUUUCUUUGGGUUUGGGGACGAUGGGAGAUGACACUAACCUUGCUCUCCAAAUAGCGGUUUGUGAGGUGUAAGAUGGGAAGUUAGCUCUUAGGGCGAUAGCUUAUUGUGCCACACCACAUACUGAUGAUAAUGUAAGUCACGGACCUUUGCUCGGUGUUAGAUGUAAAGCCCGCGUGGGACAUUAGUUUGGAUUACUUCUUCGCAUAUAAUAGGCAUAUCUUGUACAUAUGAGGGCUUGGAAGAUGUAUCUAUAUGAUUGCAUUAUGUUUCAAUUAAACACAUAGGGACAUUAUGAACUU